UCCGCGCUCCCGGGCUCGGCCGCCGCUCCGAGCCCCCCGGAGGAGGAACGCGGGGGGCUUUGCGAGGAUUUAACCCCUGCGGCACCUGCUCGGCAGCGGCUCCCGCGCCCCCCGAGCCCGGCGCUGCGCAUUUCCCUCGGCCGCCGCUUCCCGCGGCCGGGGAGCUGACCCCGGGGAGGACGGGCUGUGCUGCGGUGUCCCCCAGCUCCGAACGCUGGAAGUUUGACGUGGAAGGGGAUGCGGUCGGAAUUUUUCGAAACGUUUUAUUAAGGGGUUGAGGCAGUACGGCAAGAACUUCUUCAGAAUCCGAAAGGAGUUGCUUCCCAAUAAGGAGACCGGAGAACUAAUCACCUUCUAUUACUAUUGGAAGAAAACCCCUGAAGCAGCAAGUUCUCGAGCCCACCGUAGGCAUCGGAGGCAGGCUGUGUUUCGGAGAAUUAAAACUCGAACUGCUUCCACUCCAGUCAACACUCCCUCCAGGCCCCCCUCCAGUGAAUUCUUGGACCUGAGCUCGGCCAGUGAAGAUGACUUUGACAGCGAGGACAGCGAACAGGAGCUGAAGGGCUACGCCUGCCGCCACUGCUUCACCACCACCUCCAAGGACUGGCACCACGGCGGGCGGGAGAACAUCCUGCUGUGCACGGACUGUCGGAUUCACUUCAAGAAGUACGGGGAGCUGCCACCCAUCGAGAAGCCAGUUGACCCUCCACCCUUUAUGUUCAAGCCUGUCAAAGAGGAAGAUGAUGGACUCAGUGGAAAGCAUAGCAUGAGGACACGGCGGAGUCGAGGCUCGAUGUCUACACUACGCAGUGGUCGGAAGAAGCAGCCAGCCAGCCCCGAUGGUAGAGCCUCCCCCAUCAACGAGGACAUCAGGUCCAGCGGCCGCAACUCGCCCAGCGCCGCCAGCACCUCCAGCAACGACAGCAAGGCAGACUCGGUGAAAAAAUCCACCAAGAAGAUAAAAGAAGAGGUGUCUUCUCCUCUCAAGAACUCCAAGAGGCAGCGGGAAAAGGCAGCGUCAGACACAGAGGAACCUGACAGGUCCAAUGCCAAAAAAUCCAAAACUCAAGAGAUCAGCAGGCCCAACUCCCCCUCGGAGGGUGAGGGCGAGGGCGAGAGCUCCGACAGCCGCAGCGUCAACGACGAGGGGAGCAGCGACCCCAAGGACAUCGACCAGGACAACCGGAGCACCUCUCCCAGCAUCCCCAGCCCUCAGGACAAUGAGAGCGACUCGGAUUCCUCCGCCCAGCAGCAAGUGCUGCAGGCACAGCCCCAGGUGCUGCAGGCACAGAGCAGCUCUGGCCAGGCUCCUCCACCCACACCUCCCGUACCGGCCCAGUUACCGGCGUCGCUGCCCGCAGUGUCCAGCGCUGCCUCGGCCCCACCGCAGGUGUCCCCGCCAGCAUCUCAGCCCUCCAGCCAGCCCCAGGCCCCUGCCCCACCUCCUCCUCACUCCCACAUCCAGCAGGCCCCUGCUCUGCACCCGCAGAGGCUCCCGUCCCCCCACCCUCCGCUGCAGCCCCUGAGCGUGUCGCAGAGCCAGCCCAGCCCUGCCUCCUCACAGCCCCACACGCAGCCCCCCCUCCACAGCCAGGCCCAGCCUGCCCCUCACAGCCUGCAGGCACAGCCCCUCCUGCCCCAUCCCGUACCUUCCCAGCCGUUUUCCCUGCCUGCUCAGUCAUCUCAGUCUCAGGUUCCCCUCCAGACACAAGCCCCCUCUCAUUCCCACUCGGCUCUGCAGGUGGCACAGCCUGUCCUGCCCACGGCCACCUCGCUGCAGCAGGCGCAGCCCCCGCGGGAGCAGCCCCUGCCCCCCGCCCCCAUGGCCAUGCCUCACAUCAAACCUCCCCCUACCACCCCCAUCCCUCAGCUCCCCACUGCUCCAUCCCACAAGCACCCUCCUCACCUCUCUGGCCCGUCUCCGUUCUCCAUGAACUCCAACUUGCCUCCGCCACCCGCUUUAAAACCUCUGAGCUCCCUCUCGACUCACCACCCUCCGUCUGCACACCCUCCCCCUCUGCAGCUGAUGCCUCAAAGCCAACCACUGCAGUCCUCGCAAGCCCAGCCUCCCGUUCUGACCCAGAGUCAGAGCCUUCCCCCUCCUGCUAGUCACCCCCCCUCUGGACUCCAUCAGGUAUCCUCCCAGCCCCCCUUUUCUCAGCAUCCCUUUGUCCCAGGGGGCCCACCUUCCAUCACCCCUCCUUCGUGCCCCUCCACCUCCACGCCACCCACCAUGCCCGGCAUCCCGCUCCAGACUUCCAUCUCCACGUCAGCAGCCUCUAGUGGGACGGUGCCCGUGGUGACAGCCUGCACGCUGCCACCCAUCCAGAUCAAAGAGGAGGUCCCAGAUGAAGCUGAGGAACCAGAAAGCCCUCCCCCUCCACCCAGGAGUCCAUCACCAGAGCCCACUGUGGUGGAUAUCCCAAGUCACGCCAGUCAGUCAGCCAGGUUCUAUAAGCACCUGGACCGUGGCUACAAUUCAUGCUCAAGAGCAGACCUGUACUUCAUGCCUCUGGCAGGAUCAAAACUGGCCAAGAAGAGAGAAGAGGCCAUUGAAAAGGCCAAAAGGGAAGCGGAGCAGAAAGCCAGAGAGGAGAGGGAAAGAGAGAAAGAGAAGGAGAAGGAAAGAGAGAGGGAGCGGGAACGGGAAAGAGAGGCGGAAAGAGCUGCGCAGAAGGUAUCCAGCUCCUCCCACGAGGGCCGUCUUGGCGAGUCCCAGCUCAGCGGGCCAGCACACAUGAGACCUUCAUUUGAACCUCCCCCGACCACCAUCGCUGCUGUUCCCCCCUACAUCGGGCCGGACACGCCCGCGUUACGGACACUGAGCGAGUACGCGCGGCCUCACGUCAUGUCACCCACAAACCGCAACCACCCCUUCUUCGUGCCCCUCAACCCCACGGAUCCGCUCCUGGCCUACCACAUGCCCGGCCUCUACAACGUGGAUCCCACCAUUCGGGAGCGGGAGCUGCGGGAGCGGGAGAUCCGGGAGCGGGAAAUCCGGGAGCGGGAGUUGAGAGAGAGGAUGAAGCCCGGCUUCGAGGUGAAGCCCCCGGAGCUGGACGCGCUGCACCCGGCCACCAACCCCAUGGAGCAUUUCGCCAGGCACGGCGCACUGACUAUUCCACCCACGGCAGGACCUCACCCCUUCGCUUCCUUCCACCCGGGUUUGAACCCCCUGGAAAGGGAGAGACUGGCGCUGGCAGGGCCCCAGCUGCGGCCGGAGAUGAGCUACCCCGACAGGCUGGCGGCCGAGCGCAUCCACGCCGAGCGCAUGGCAUCGCUCACCAACGACCCCCUGGCACGGCUCCAGAUGUUCAACGUCACGCCCCACCACCACCAGCACUCACACAUACACUCGCAUCUACACCUACACCAGCAGGAUCCCUUGCACCAAGGCUCAGCAGGACCUGUUCACCCGCUGGUGGAUCCUUUAGCAGCUGGACCCCAUUUGGCACGUUUUCCCUACCCACCUGGGACCAUCCCCAACCCAUUGCUAGGGCAACCACCUCACGAGCAUGAAAUGCUCCGACAUCCAGUCUUUGGUACUCCUUACCCACGGGAUCUGCCUGGUGCCAUUCCACCUCCCAUGUCAGCAGCCCACCAGCUGCAGGCCAUGCACGCCCAGUCCGCAGAGCUGCAAAGACUGGCAAUGGAGCAGCAGUGGUUGCACGGGCAUCCUCACAUGCAUGGUGGGCAUCUACCAAGUCAGGAAGAUUAUUACAGUCGACUGAAGAAAGAAGGCGACAAACAGUUGUAAUAAAUUAUUUAUUUGUAACGCUGGCUGUGGAAACCCCAGUCCUUGGGAAGGAGUGGAACAUUUUUACAUACGAGAAGAGCUACAAAAGGAAAAGAAUAUCUUAUAAAGAUUUCUUUAUAUAUUUAAAACAGAAGCAACCACCCAACAAGUAGAGACUUAUCAGCAUAGUGUUCAUUUGUAGAGAAGAUUUCUCAAGACUGGUGUGGGUCUCCCUGCAUGACAACGUAUUCAGAAGCCUAUUGGAAAUACAGGACUGUGUGGAAUAUUCAGAGAACUUCCUGCAAUCUUGGUUUUUUUUUCUUUUUUUUCCCUUUUUUCUUUUCUUACUAGUUUGUUUUCAGUAGGUGCUAGAAUCAGGUUCACAACACAAGUCACUGUGCGUGAAGGGACACUCAAUGCAUCUAUAGCUAUUUAAAAAAAAACAAGGAUUGCAAGUAGGUGACAUAACAAGCUCUGAAUUCAAGUGCUAUAAUAAUAAAAAUCUACUUUUAUUUUAAUACAUUGUAGGAAAUCUUCAUAAUUUUAAAGAGAGCUCAGUUCUGCAGCAUGGCUUUUUAAGUCUGUAAAUAUUAACUUUUUUUGGGUAGAGGGGAGAAACAAAACAAAACAAAACUCCAGAAACGUUUAUCUUGAUUUUCAGUAACAUCACAAAUUGUGAAUUCCUACCUGGUAUUGACAGAAUACAGAGUUGAUUUUUUAAUAAAAUAUAUAUAUAUAAUUAUCCCUUUAAUUAAAGGGAGUGAUGGGUAUCAAUAAUUUCAAAUGGGUAAAAGCUUGAAAUUUGGUUUGAUAUCAACAAUAAGCAUUAAAGGGAUUUGCAGGGAUAAUGUUGCAAAUGACUGUUUCUGUUCUUGGUUUUUUUCGGUUGGUUUGGUUGUUUGGGGGUUUUUUUGUUCGUGUUCCAUCUCUCUGUUCUGCAGAUGAUUUCUGUUGAGUUGGGUUUCUCAGCAGCACAGAUGUCCCUUGGAACCAGCCUGACCCUUUGGAUCCCUCCUUCGGCGCUUUCAUUUUCAGUGUGGCCACAAAGCACUUCUUCCCUGUGACCUUUUGAAACUUAAAACCUGAGGACAUUGGGUUUAGACUUUAGGCAAAAAGUUCAAAGAAAUAAUCUGUUCUAAAGGUCUCUUUUUGAAAAUGUUCCGUGGCUCAGAGCAGUAGAGCCAGAAUUUUUUGUCUGCAUGUGCAUAUUUUGGAGGAUGUGCUCUUUCUGGCCUCCUGUUUGAGAAGUUCUCAAGAAAAGUGGACUAAGGCAACUCGGUGUCCUUAAAAGUUGUUUUGCAAACACCAGUCUGGUUUUUUCUCUUUGACUGUUUGAGUUUUGGUUUUAUAAGCAAAAGCUCUUUAACUGCCACCAGUGUUCUGCAUCUCAGGAACUUUUAUUGCUUUGGGAUUAACCUGAUUAUGGACAGUAACAUUCACUGGCUCCCAGCUGAUCCAUGUAGGAUAACUCCUGUUGGCUACUGAGGGUGGUGAGAGGAGAGGAACACACAGAAGGCCAGUGAGCAUUAUUCUGGAGACAGCUCUGCUUACUGGGCAGUUUUUAAACAUUUUUUCCCUGUUUUGCCACUUUUUUCUUUGCCAGAGCAGAGGGUGACGUGACCAAUGGACAUCUGAACGUGCUGGUCAUUUUUUUUUCUGCUGGUGCACAACUUCCCCCCAUUCUCUCUCUCAGCUCAUGAGUGCUCUCUCUCUGCUGUUGUAGCCUGUUCAGUGUGAUGGUUGUGUCCUAGGACUGUUCUGAGCCACCUGUGAUAAACUUGUAGUUAAUCAGUUGUUCUGAUGGAAGGUGUGGCAGGCACAGUGCUCACCCACCUCCUGCACCUCAAACCUGCCCGAAGGUUGGUGUUGGACAGUCAGUGACAGCAAUUUAAAUUAAAUUUAUGCGCCUCUUCCGGGCUCACUUAAGGCAAGAGUGAGGAGAGAGAGAGGAGGACUAUUUCAGCUAAUGCUGAUCUCCUUUUUCUGCCCUCCAUUCCAGAUUUCUCAGUGCUAAAGAACUGCAGUAACACUUACCCAGUUGCAGCUGCUCUGUUUGAACUCUGUGUGGAGGUUUGAGGAGGAGCAGCUGGUGUUCCUGAGACUGGCAAACCCUGAGGUCAGUGUGGAAUCAAGGAAAGUGAAGUGUUCAGUUGAUGUGGGCAGUGAUCAGGUGAAAUGUUUUCCUUCUGAGCACAGUUUUUUACUUUUGCUCAGAGCUGAGUACCCAGGAAGAGGGGUCUGCUCAGCAGAGGGUGCCUCAGUUUGCUUUACAGGGCUGAUGAGGCACAUUUCAGUUCAAUCUCUGCCCUCAUUUUUUUUAUACCAUGUGGAAUUUGGGGGAGUUCAGCCACUUCAGCCAUUUCUUCUGACCCUUCUCUUUGCUGAUUUUUAGCCAUAGUUCUAAGAAAAACCUAAUUGCCUCCAGUGGUCCUCUCUCUGUAUUCCUUACUUUUUCAGCUGAAGUUGGCAGUCUGUUCAAAUUUAUUGGGUUUUUUUCCACAGAAAAGCAUUCUAAUAAUUUAAGGGAGUUCUUUUAUUCACAUCAUUCAGCAAAUAAGCACUGAAAUUCUUCCAUUUCAGCCCAGUGAUUAACUACAACUUCACAUGCAGUGGCUUUUGAAGCCAUCUCGGUGUUCGAUGCCCUGUUAAAAAACAACCCAGACCUUUUUGGUUUUCUUUUAAGAAAUCUCUCUCUUUCCUUUUUUUUUUUUAAUUUUCCUCUGUUCUGAAAGUUUUAUUUUUCAGACUUUGCUUUAGUGUUUUUGAAACGUCUCUCUCUUGUUCUAUGUCGUCAUGGUUGAGCUUGUUUCACUGCACCGUUAAAGCAGAGUGUACAUUCUGACUGCUACAUUUAUAUAUAUCUUGAAGCUUAAUGUAUAUAUGAGUAGUUUGCCAUGGGAUAACACAGUGUAAACAGAGUAGAAACCCAGAAAUCGUGACUUCUGUGUUCUCUCCAUUUGAGUAUUUUGUAAUUUUUUUGAAAUAUUUGUGGACAUAAAUAAAACCAAGCUACACUACAGCAGCCAGGUUUUGCCUGCAAGCGAAA